AUGCCUGAGUCAUGUCGGGUUAAUCCGAUUCAACGAUUCAUUUCGAAAAGGGAUAAUGUAUCGGUUUCCAGUUUACCAACACUGAUAAGCAGCAGCCAUGUUCACAGUAGCAGCAGCAGCAGUCGUUCUCUGGAACGGACAUUUCUUCAAGGACAUGUGCCCUCUUUGGUUACACGCCAGCCGUUAAUAUCGGAUAAUAAGUACAGCCCACCAUAUGUCCCUGAUGAAGCCUCAAGGUCAAACACAAUAGGAAGCAGUCACUCGGAAACGUGGAUAAACCAGUUUUCAGCAAUGAAAGUUGAGGAUCCCUUGGAGGCCAGUUUAGAGUACAAGAGACUGUACAAGAACUAUGAGAGACAGAUGGGAAAUGGUUAUCGUCGGUUCAACAGCUCCUCUCCAGAUCUAAAACCCCAAUUUGUUUCACCUGUUGGGCAAAGAAUACAAAAGUCACGGUUGCUCAAACGAGGCGGUACCGUUCCGCUGUCCGGAUCGCGGGCAUCGCCUUAUGGCACUAUACAGACUCACAGUACGACAACUCACACACCUACAGACGCCCUUCUGGAAGCGGAAUUUAACACCCUAGAACAAGAGUUGAUGGAGCAAGACUUGGCCACUCCGGAAACCAGAGAAACGUCAAACCCUGCGUUUACUGGGGAGCAACGCGAGUUGCAGGAGAUUGCGUCAAGUAUCGUAGAUGCGUGCUCCCCACCAUUAACACCAUUAGCGAGAGACUCGCCCGUACAGAGCAAACUAGCCUCCUCAAAAUUCAUGGGGCUUAUGAAGAGGGUCAGCGACGGGGACGUGACAGUGAAGCCCGCUCAAAGAGAACUGUUCACGCCAGGCACAGGUGAUCGCGUGGGCAGUGAGUAUUUUCAAGUGGGAAACGGGCAACACGACCCUACAAAGAAGUAG